AUGGGCCGGUCGAAGAAAAAGAGCAAGCAGAUUACGAUUGAGGAUGUAUUAGUGGUCAACAGAUCCGACAGCCGUGAUGACCAUGAUGAUGAUGAUUAUGACGAGGACGACCUUCCCAUACAAAGAUCUGGAAGGAAAAGAACAGCACCACCUGGGGCAAACUCAUCACCCGUGCCGCGCAUGUCUCGCCGUGGUACGAUUGUGGACGACGACGAAGAGGAGGAUGAGGACGGCGGCGACUCUGACGAUACGAUCGAUGAACUGCCAAGACGGUCUACGUCCAAGGCGGUAGCCAUAUCGGAUGACGACGACGACGACGACGAUGUGCGGCCAGCAAAACGGCUUCGCCGAGGUCGCCAACCGUCUUCCGGCAGCGACGACAGCAGCGACGACCUUGUCAUCCUCACGCCGCCACCAAAGCAAACUCCGUCACGGCUGGUCCGUUCGACACCAGCACAACAGCAACAGCCGACAAUUAGCGUCUCGCGCUCGGCACGGAAAAGUGGCCCGCGAUCAGCCCGGCAGCGCCACAUGGAAUUGCUACGGCGACGGCGGCUGGGCGAGAAAGUCACAGAAAGCGAUCUGGAGGACUCGUUUUCGGACGAAGAACAGCCUCGGAAAGCGCUCUACGACAAAGAUCCGGACCACGUUGCGCUGUCGGAUUUUGAGGACGACGACGAGGAGGCGGUGGGGAAGCAAAAAGAAGCAGCUGGCGACGUAGAAGAAGCAGAGCCUGUCUCCGUCGAGCAGAUGGAAAAGGACUUGAAGAGAAAGUGGAAGAAGGACAAGAAGAAGAAGAAAAAGGAGGAGAAGAGGAGGAAGGCAGAGCGCGAGCAGGAGCAGGAGCAGGAGCAGGAGCAGUUCUCUGCCAUCAUGCAGCUCCGCAGCCAGUACGAUGCAGAGUCGGACGACGGCUACGACAAUUUGCGACUGGGCGACGGCGAGGUGGCCAACGAGGACGACGAAGAGGCCGAGGACAUGGCCGAUUUCAUCGACGACAGCCACACGGGCCUGCUUGGUGCGCCGGACGGUAGCGACGCCGAGGACGAGCAGGCCAUGCUGCGGCGGGAGAUUCCGCUGCAGUUUACCUUCCAGGCACACAAGCCGCUCAAGAGCCAUUUCAAAGACGCCAUUGAGUGGCUGGUGCACCGGCGCGUGAAUCCUGGCGGCGUGUUUGCCGAGUCGGACGACGAGCUGUACAAGGUCGCAUGGGGCCGGCUGGACCGCGAGGUCGGCGGGCUGGCGCAGUCCCGGUUCAUCUCGUCGGUGUGGACGCCCGAGUUUUACGGCACGCUGCGUGCGCGGCCGUACAUGGACAGCUUCAACAUCCGGCCGUCUGGCGGCAAAAAGGACAGCAUUGUCAUCCCCGGCAUGGACGAGAACGUGUGCCACGCGUGCGGGCGGACGAACCACCCGGCGUCUUUCCGGGUUAUGUUCAGCGGCAAGGCCUACGACAGCAAGACACUGGACGACAUUGAAGAAGCAGACAGCGACGAGGAGGACGAACCAGAUGAUGACCACGUGUCGAUUGAUAUGAAUGGAAACAGCCUCCCUCCCACGUCGCGGCAGUGGUACGUCGGCGUCGUCUGUCACAGCAACGCCGAGACGGCACAUGACCUUUUGCACUGGCGACGGGCACUCAAAGACUGGGUGGAAGAGAAGCUCCAGGCGGACCAUCUGCUGGACCAGCUGGAGGGCCGCAAGAAGAAGAUGAAGACGAAGAAGCGGCGCACCUUUGCUAACAACAUUGUGGACGACUGGGAAGCUAACGGCACGGUCGACUCUUUGUUCCGCGACUUUUCCAAGAUGUUGGAGGGUGCGCAGGCCAAGUCGACCAAGACGCUGUCGCGGUUUGGCCGAUAA